CCGGUGUAGUUUCUCUAUCGAAGCACUGUGAUGUUGGCGACCAUAACUUAGUAUUUAACAUAACAAGAAGCAAAGCAAGACACAAUCGACAUUGUAAAUGUGUUUAUUAAUAUUGGACCAGCUCAAGACGAUAUGAGCAAAGUGAAGAAAAAGAUGAAUUCUGUCAAACAGUCGGACACAGAAUCGAAAGAAGAUCCGGAAAGGGAGACAACUCAAGACAAUUGUAAAGAGGGCGAGUGUAAAGAGGAUGAAACACUAUCAGUGAACAACACCAAGGAAGGUCAAAGUUCGACAGAGGUAGAGUCGGAGCAGGUGAAUGAUGAAGAUGAAAACGAAGUAGCCCCGGAUAUGGACACGGAGGUGGAAGUUGAGACUAUUUCUGAUAAAUGCCAAAAUUCUGAUAUAACAGCUAUGGAGACCGAGAGUGAAGUUCAGGUGGUUUCAGAAACGAGUGAAACGCCAGAGGGCCAAAAGGAAACGACUGAGGAACUUAAAACAGUUUGUGAGGAAGAGUCGAACAGCGUGUCUGGUGAGUCAGUCGAGGUGAUGGACAUUGAAUUCAAUGAAAUUGUGGCUGAGGAGGAGACAGUAGUCGAGACCCCGCCAAAAGUGACAGCUCCUCCCAGUCAAGGGGAAGUGAAGGCCAAAACCAAGUCCACAGGCACUAAAGGUAAAUCAAAGGAAAAGAAAUCUGGAGCAGAGGAGUCUUACACAAUCGUUAUAAAAGUUGCACAAGGAGGUAUGAACGAAGGGGAACCUGUUACCUUGGAUACAAUCACUUUACCCGCAGAAAUGAAGGACACCUCGACGAGAGCGGGGCUCCGGCCGAGGGAGCCUCGGAAAACUGAAGUCAAACAGAUAAUCGUGAAACAAGAGGAAGAAGAAGAGGAGGAGGAGGAAGAGGAAGAAGAAGAAAGUGAAGAGGUGGCAGCAGACCAGAAGCUUAACAUUCAUCCGGAAAUUCGUCAGAGGUUGAUCGAACAGAUCAUCAAUAAAGAGUGGGCUGGGAAUGUGGACGAGAGUCAGCUGACCGCAGACGAGAGGGCGACGGUCGAGGACCUCCUUAGUGGACGUCCGGUGCGACCGGUCGAACGUCAGAAAAUGAGGCCAUGGAUGAUCGACCUGCUGGAUAAAAACAAUGUACCAGGUCUCUCCUGGCAGAACCGCCGCGAAAGGAUUUUCCGGAUUUCCUGGAAACAUGCAGCUCAUAACUGUUUCAACCGGGACAGAGACUCGGAUCUCUUUGAGAGAUGGGCCAUCCACACAGGUCGCCAUUAUGAAGGGAACCACAAGCGAUGGAAGGCCAACUUCCGUUGUGCGCUCAACAGUCUACCGGAUGUAAUAGAACUGCGCGACUUAGGCGUACGCAAGGGAGAUAAUGCUUUCAAGGUUUACAAGUUCCUGGACCUGAACGAUCCCGUUUACAAAGACCGUAUUGACAACAAGGGCAAAAAGACUCCCAACCUCUCGGUCAAGGUGAAGGGCAUUCAGCAGAAAAAUGUCAGCAAAACGGAAAAAUAUCUCAGGACCAUCAUCACUCGGCGCCUGAAGAGGGAGGCGGACGGUUCCCUGCUGGAGAAAGCAGCAGCUAGUAAGAAGCAACACCUUGAGGAGGAGGAAGAGGAGGAGGAUAACGACGGUACCAGUGACAUUCCUCAGACAGUGGAGAUCUCGGACGAUGCUGCUGAAGGGGGAGGGACACUUCAGACACUACUAAGGGCCAUAGAACUCCAACAGGAGAAGCUGGCAAUGCAGGCUAAACAGAGUCAGGUUUCUCAAGGUGCAGCAGGGAAAAGGGCAGGUUCAGCGCUAAAUAUAGCAAGCCAAUCGGCACCAAAACGUAUCCGACAGGACCAAGACGGCAACCUCAUCAUCACUCCAAAUAUGGGCGGAUCUAUUGAGCAGGUGGACGGAAACAUUCUGCUGAAGCUUGACAUUCCUUCAGGCUCGAUGUCCUCCAUCAGUGGCAUAUCGACAGGAAUCAUGGGGUCAACCGGGGUCGUAGGGUCAUCUGGGGGCACCUAUGUGAUGGCAGUGGGUUCCACCAGCAACACGGUGACAACGAUGUCAAAAGUUGUUAACCCUGAAAGUCAAGGUCAAUCGAUAGACGUCACUGAUCAAGCUGACCAGCCCGUGAUAUCAGUAUUACCGUUGAAGUUGCCGUAUGUCGACCAGAAGGGCAGCAAGGUCACCUUCCUACAGAUGCAGAACAAAACGGACCAGGAAGGGAAAGUGGUGGAAAACAUCGCAAUACCUGCCGAAAUUCAGAACCUGCUCCGUCAGGGGGCACUGAGUGUGGGAGGUCAAGGGGCGAGCGGGACAACCACAGCUGCUGGUAAAGGGAUUGAACAGAAGAUAACCUUCCCUGUUGGCGGGAAAGCACUUUCAAUGGCCAGUGGUUCGAAACCGGCAGAAACCGCCACUGUUGGUCAAGGUAAAGAGCAGCGUAUCACUAUUCCACUGAGUCAGCUAGCAGCCAUGAUGGGCAACACAGCACAGGCACAGAAAUACGGCAUAACCAUCAACCUAGACGGGAAGGGACAGAAAGAGAUGUCAACGGUUUCCACCUCCUUAGCCUCCGGAGGGUCUGUUUUGUCGACUGGUAUUCCCGUCAGUUUGAUGCCGUCCUCAAGCAUUCCUUCAAACAUCAACACGGCACUUCAAAAUGGAGGUCAAGGUCAGGCAUUUCUUACGUUGAUGACUGGUGCAAAUCAAGGUCAAGUUCUGACUUCAACCCUUGCAAAUCUAGGUACCAUGGCAACCGGUUCGCAACGAUCAACUGGUGGAAACAAAAAUAUUCCAUCUACCGUGCUUGAGGCUAUGGAUCUGAAAAAUAUCGUGGGGAAUUUAUCAAAAUCACCGGAAGUUCAAAAAGGCCUGAAAAGUGUGAGUAUUACAGGUGCCACUAGUCAGACUUUGCUGUCGCCAACAAAACACACUGUCAACAAAGACCUCACUAGUCUUGCCGAGGCUUUAAAAACACGCCCACCACAGUCGCUUAGUCAAGUCUUACCGACACCUACAGUCGUGGGAAGCCAGUCAAGAAAGGGGACACCUAAACAAACAGCGGCCGUAACCUCAACAUCCUCAAAAAUACUGGAUACACCAGGAGUCCGAAACAAACUUGUCACUCGACUACUAAUCAGUGGAGCAGCCACUUCUACGUCUCCGACCAUGUCUCCGGCAAUCCAGAGCAGUAUGGCAACAUCGACCUCCACAUCCUCUCCGACGUACAACCUAGUCUUCCAUCCCAACACACCGUUAUCUACUACCUCCUCGUCACAGUUGUCUGCCCCUGUUCCGCAGACCCAGGUGAUUAACGUACAGAAUCUGACGAAACAGCAGCUGUCCGCACUCACAUCAUCUGGAGUCCUGGUCGGUCAGACUCUUGCUGCCAGUACACUUGUCAAGUCAGAUGAUGCACACCCAUCACCAUCCACUGUAGGCGUGCCCCCCCCAGCCACUCCCAGAGUAGCCUCCCCUGGUAGCUCAGGAGUUGUCUCCCCUAGUGUCAAACCUUCCACACCACGAGCAGUGUCCCCUAACCUGAGACCAGAACUGAUGGAGCAGGUGACGAUCGAUCUGAAGGAGAUUCAAGAUGAUAGCCCACCAGUGGAAGGGGAGACAACCAGUACCCCAAAUUUCUCCUAUUCGUGUCUGUGGUGUAAAAUCGACUUCUCUAAGAAGAUUGAUCUGCUUCAACACUUCAUGAAUCUACACCAGGACAUGCUCAUGGUGCCCGGAGAACAGGAGGUCAUAGGUCAAGGUUAUGACGGCACCCAAGGUCAGAUUCAUGACCUGUCACAAGAUCAAAUGUUCGACGGACAAGAACAGUCCUUAAUUGACAUCAAUGCUUUGGACCUGCGCACUGUGAAGACGGAGAUGAUUGAACAGACUCCGGACAUGUCACUUUCCUGUCAAUCUCACCACAAACAAGCGAAGACUGUCAAAGAGGCUCUGAGUCGAAAGAAGGGUGGAUUAUCGGGGGGGAAGGAAGGUGGUGCUAAGAGAGAAAGAGUGAAGAAGAAAGGAAAGAAGGAUAAAAGGGAAGAGGGAAAGGGUAAAGUUCGUGAGAUCAAAAGCAAAGGAGAUCAAAGUCACACGCCAUCAAGGGGUGAUCCAGAGUCCAACCAAAGUUCAAUGUCCGCAGCCAGUGACCCACGCCCGAAAUACAGCUUGACCAGUCUGAUCGAGGCCCUGAGAGACAGCAUCGAGCGUGAUAAAAGUAAGAAAGGAGAUGGUAUGUCAGGUGAGGGAGAUACUUCAGGCUCGGAGAUGUCUGACGAGAGUACGUCGGUGCCAAAUAUGAUAUGCUACGAUGACCUGAGCCCUGAUACCAGUUCAGGUGGAGGAGGUCUGGGAGGAAGCGAUUCGGAGGCAGUGGAUGGUGACAUUCAAGUGUCGGUGAAAACUUUCCAAGUGGACGGUAAAACAAUGUAUAAGUGCUCCCUGUGUGCCAAAGUCUUUAGCAAGACAUGUACCUUUGCACGCCACGCCAUGGUGCACUCACGCAUGUACCCCUACCAGUGCGGUCUAUGUGACGAAAAAUGUAGUGACAUGAGGGUUUUACUCCGGCAUCUCGAUUGGCACGGUGAAAACGUCGACUGCCCGUGUAAGAAGUGCGAACGGCUGCACAAGUACGGCGACAUCAAGACAAUCGGGGAGAAAGCUUCCGGGACAAGUAAGUUUGUGUGCGAGAUCUGCCAGAGGAGUUUCGUCAGCGAUGUUGCAUGCAAAGCACACGUCAACAUGCACAAGCGAAGCGGAAGUCUCGACUGCGAGGUCUGUAACGUCGAGUUCCAGUGUAACAGGGCAUUGUCCAAACACAGGAAGUCUGUUCACGGCAUCCAAUUCUGUCCCUACUGUCUCGAGACGUGCACACUGGACAUGGCGUCACACAUGAGCGAACAUGAAGGCGUGUACAUGUACCGGUGUGGGCUUUGUGGUGACGGCUACAACAGUCGACCGUUAUUACACGAACAUUUAAAAAUACACACUCAUCUCGGGAAAGAAUUCGGCCAGCAGCUGGAAAAUGAAAUGAAGUCUGUUGGAAUCUUGCAUAAGAAAGGUUCCGGCGGGAGUAAACCUGCACCAGAAUCUGUAAAGAACGUCGAGAGCCCAAAAACUGUGAAAAAAGAAACGAAGAAGGAAACUAAAAAAACUGGGAAAAAGAAAGCAGCAAAAUCUAAGUCGGCGAAACCAAAGAAACAGACAGAAGCAACGGAGGAAAUUACUGAAGAUGUUACGGAGAUGGAGAGUACAUCUUCUUCCCCAACUAAGGCAGAACCUUCAAAGAUUAUGCCUGUCAGGCAAAAAACACGAAAAUGCC